GGCGGAGGUGGCGUUAGGACCUCGCGGAGCGUCUCAUUGAAGCACAUGGUCCCCACUCGUAAGACAACAUUUCUUCCCAGUAAUUGACCUGGAAUUGAUGUCAUUGCAGUGGGCAACGGCUCGCGUGUUUCUCAACGUUUUCACAGCUCAUUUUCGCUCAAAAUUUCUCACUUUUUUUUUUUUUUUUUACUCUGAGCGUCGCAGUCCGUCACUUGGACACCUUUGAAUGGGGAAAGCGCGCGCGGAGUUGACUCAACUGUCCUCGGGAUUUCCGAACGCGCCGCUCGCAGACAACUUACUUGAUCAUAUUUCAGGAGGUCGUUUUGAUUUCUUUUGGGGGAGAAGAGGAGGAGGAGGAGGAGGGAGGAGGAGGGAGGAAGGAGGAAGGGGUUGCCUCUCGCACAUCAGCUGUUUGGGGGGAGACAGACUGUGAUUGUAUGAUGUGUUGCGCUGCAGCGAAACAGUAAAAAAAAAAGAAAAAAGAAGAAGCAGAGUCCCGUCCAGUACGCUUCAGUCGGGCAUCAUGAACCCCUGGAGUCGGAGCCUGAAGUUUGUUUUUUUGACAGCACUUCAGGCUUUAUCUGUCUCUCUGUCGGUGUGUGGCAGAUCUGCAGAAGGGAAUCUUUUGAGCGCGACAGUUCAACGCAGACCGACAGCAAAGCAGAAACACUAUGGGACUACAAUACCUCUUCAGCUUGUUGGACAAGAUUGGAAACCAAUCAGCCACCUCAAAUCCCAGAGUCACCCUGCAUCGCUGAAGCUCCUGAUUGAAGCGGAAGGUGAGCAGCUGCUCUUGGCUCUGGAGAAAAACGAGGGGCUGUUUGCAAGUAACUAUACAGAAACCCAUUACCUGGAAGAUGGCAGCGCAGUCACAGGCUCUCACAACUUCACGGCAAACUGCUACUACCAUGGUGAGGUAGAGGGUCAUGUCAACUCAGACGCCAGCCUCAGUACGUGUGCUGGGAUUAAAGGUUUCAUAUCUCUUGAAGGCAAAUCCUAUGUACUGGAACCAUCUGCUGAUCACUCUGAUGGGACUCACUGGAUCUACACAGCUGAACACCUCAACUUUGCUCCUGGCACCUGUGGCCAUGAUUUCAACAUAUCUUAUCCCACUGAACAUGGAGAUGGCAGCCCAUUCAGGGCUUUCAGCACAAGGCACAAACGCCAUGCGCAGACUACGACCAAGUAUGUGGAACUGAUCAUCGUGGCUGACAACAGAGAGUUCCAGAAGCAAGGCAAGGACAUGGAGAAGGUCAAGCAGCGGCUGGCUGAGAUCGCCAAUUACGUGGACAAGUUCUACAGGGCUUUGAAUAUCCGAGUGGCCCUGGUGGGCUUGGAGGUAUGGAGUGAUGUGGACAAGUGCCCCAUUACCCAAGACCCUUUCACCACCCUGCAUGAGUUCCUUGACUGGCGGAAAGUUAAGCUGCUGCCUCAGAAACCACAUGACAAUGCCCAGCUAAUCAGUGGGGUGUAUUUCCAGGGCACCACCAUUGGUAUGGCACCCAUCAUGAGCAUGUGCACAGCAGAGCAAUCAGGAGGAAUCGUCAUGGAUCAUUCAGACAACCCCCUGGGUGCUGCAGUCACUCUGGCCCAUGAGCUCGGACACAACUUUGGAAUGAACCACGACACACCAGAAAGGGGCUGUGGCUGCAGGGUGACAGUGGAUCGUGGAGGCUGCAUCAUGACACCCUCCACCGGGUAUCCGUUCCCCACAGUCUUCAGCAGCUGCAGCAAGAAGGACCUGACGGCCAGUUUCGAAAAGGGCGUCGGGAUGUGUCUGUUCAACAUGCCCGAGGUCAAGGUGCUGUAUGGAGGGCAGAAAUGUGGCAACGGCUACGUGGAGGAGGGAGAGGAGUGUGACUGCGGAGAACUGGAGGAAUGUAUGAAUCCCUGUUGCAAUGCUACUACCUGCACUCUGAAGGGGGAUGCUGUCUGUGCCCACGGACAGUGCUGCCAGGACUGUCAGCUGAAGCCAGCCGGAACGCCAUGCCGUGAAUCCAGUAACUCUUGUGAUCUGCCUGAGUUCUGCACCGGUACAAGCCCUCACUGCCCCUCCAAUGUCUACCUGCAUGAUGGCCACGCUUGCCACAAUGUAGACGGCUACUGUUACAACGGCAUCUGUCAAACUCACGAGCAGCAGUGUAUCACACUGUGGGGCCAAGGGGCCAAGCCAGCUCCAGGCAUCUGCUUCGAAAGGGUCAACUCUGCAGGAGACCCUUAUGGCAACUGUGGCAAGGACUCUAAAGGCUCCUUUGCCAAAUGUGAAGCACGAGAUGCUAAAUGUGGCAAAAUCCAGUGUCAGGGAGGAGCUAACCGCCCAGUAAUUGGCACAAAUGCUGUUUCCAUAGAAACAAACAUACCCCUUCAGGAAGGGGGAAGGAUACUGUGCCGAGGUACGCACGUCUACUUGGGCGAUGACAUGCCCGACCCCGGCCUGGUCCUGACGGGCACCAAGUGUGGAGUUGGAAUGAUGUGUCUGAACCGUCAGUGCCAGAACGUGAGUGUUUUUGGUGUGCACGAGUGCUCAGCCAAGUGUAGCGGCCGAGGGGUGUGCAACAACAACAAGAACUGUCACUGUGAGGCUCACUGGGCGCCUCCAUUCUGUGACAAGGCAGGGUUUGGAGGGAGCGUGGACAGCGGCCCCAUCAGAUUAGCAGACGGCAGGAAUCUGACAGUGGGCAUCAUGGUUGCUCUUCUCACCGUCCUGGGAGCCGGUCUGAUCAUCUGCAUCAAGAGAAAAACUCUACUGGGCCUGCUUUCCACCAGUAAAAAGAACCCAAUCGAAAAGCUCCGAUCAGUAAGCGCUUCAAUCAGCGGACCAUCCACUCCUAAUCAGCCUCCAUCAGCGAGCACGUCUCCAUCUAGACCGGCCCCGCCUCUGCCGCACAGCGCCAGCAUCUUCAAGCCUCCUCACCGGGGGCCGGAGGCGGCGCUCCCCCCGGUGCCCUACCCCUCCCACAGCCUGCGCAGGCUGCCCCAGUGCCCCCCGGUUCACCUCAGCCACCCCGUCCCCCUGUCUCUCACCGUGUCCCUGUCCCCCGGCCCCGGGCAGCUGAGACCACUGGUGCCUCCGCCUCACCGAGCCCCUCCACCUCACAUCCACGUGGCACCGAAGGGGGCGUCGUUUCGCAGCGCGUCGCGCCAUUCUUCCUGCAGGAUGGUCAUGGAGUUGGAGAAGCCCAGUCCUCCUCAGAAGCCCCUUCCUGCUGAUCCAAGGAGCUCUCGUCUGGUUAGAAGUCCAUCUGCAGUGCAGGGCCACGCUGUGGUCCAAGGGCCCUCUGCUGUUCGUGGCCCCGCUCCAGUAUCUGGUGGACCUAGACCUGCGCGCCCCAUCCCACGCCCCAACAGACCCAGUCCCAAGCAGCCUCCAACACUACCAAAGCCUUGCAUAAUUGCCAACGUCAAAUACAGCAGCUGAGACUUAAGCCGAAAGGGACAUUGUUGUGAUAAGACACACACAAAAAAAAUUGCACUAUGAAAGCUCUGAAAACCUUAAAAAGAUGGUGGCUUCUCUGAGUUUUGAAUCAGGAGAUCUGCCGUGUCCCUUUGGUGCUCUGUCUCUGAAUGGUGCUACGAGUCUGAGCUCAGGUACAUGUAAAGUAUUUAUAUUCCGUAUUUAUUGCCACGCAGUGCACUGUGCCAGACACUUUUACUACAUGGUAGCAACUUAGAAAUUUUAAUUUGUUGUUUGCAUCAAUUCCACAAUUUGUUUUUCCAUAUCAACUGAUCUUUAUUGAGGAGAGUGAUAGGAAACUUUAAAAAAAACAAACAAACAAAAAAAAAGCCAAUCUGUGAAAUUGUGAUUGCAGAAAUGUUUUUGUGAAAUGUGUUUUAAUGAAGGGAACCCUUUUUACCUGAUAGUGUUGUUCUGUAUACAACAGGAAGAGUUAUUGUGCAAUGACAGAAGUGAACAGAGGAAACGUCAGAGAACACUACUAGUUCAUUUGCAAAUCAAUGGGGUUUUUCUUUAAGAGUAAAUGUAGCCGCUUUGAGCCAGACAUAAAAAAGUUUGAAAGAACCACUGAAAAAGAACACUCUGCUGUGGUAUUACUACAGCAGUUCUGCAUUGUGAUUGUCAACAUGAUUAAACAACUGAAACACUGUGCGGGAAUCUGAGAGGCAGAACAUGCAGCUGAAAUGGAGGCAUGUUUCCUCUUCAUUUAAAUUACAGAAAGGUAACAAGUUGGAUUGUGAAAUGUCACUGAUUUGCCAUUUCCUCUGCAUCAUCAAGACCCAAGGAGCUCACUGGUUACUGAGGUAUGAACUGAACAUGGAUCUGAAAUGAGCCAAGAUCAAGGAAGUAUUCAUCCCUCAGAGAGAGUCAACUUUUCUUAAGUAUUGCUCUGCUAAAGGUCAUGCGUGUUGAAUAUUUCCCUCUAUGUCUGCACCACGGAUUGGAUCACAAAGCCACUGAGGGACUGUCUUGAAGCCGUGGCCAUACAGGCGUCACGUAGGCACUCGCACAUAAAACAGCCAGUGUCUGGCUACAGUGUUCAUGUGUGGAUUUCAAAUCAUGUUUUUCGUUGAUGGGAAAGGACAGAUUCACUUGACAAGGACACAUUUCUAGAUCUUUCUGAAAUGAAGUCUGUUGUUACUCGGUGUACACACUGAGCCGCCGAUCAUCCAAAUCAUCCUGUGCUGUUAUUCAUUUUCUAUUUUUUGUACCUUUUUACUUUGGCUAUCCAGAUUAGUUUUAAAAAAAAAACAAAACAAUCUACAUCCCAGAUCCUACAUAAAUCAGAUGUGGUAAUCGAACAGUGUUUUAUCAUUUUUACAGAUUUAUUGUUUUACUGGAUCGCAGUGCAGCAUAUAUACAUUCACACUGAGCAGCAUUUCCUUUAAGCACAGCUCUUCACAAAUACAUACGCUGAAAACUGACAUGGACUGAACUUUUGUUACUUUUGAUACUGUUAUAUUUUUAAUAAUGCACUAGUUUUACAUCCAUUGCUUUGUUUACUUUGCUUUUUCAAUGCGAUGUGUCAAUGUACUAAUAGACAGCAUUUGAAUCCAGUCACCUGACUAUACAUCAUGUCCAUAUGUUGUCGUACAGGUGAACACAUUUUCAUGGAGAAUGCUUUUUUUAUGAUGACUGUUUGAUACAUCAUAUGUAAAGAAAAACACAUUAAGUGUCAGUGUCUGGUCAUGGUAUUUUGAACACUCGAGCAGUAUUAGUAAAAACUGAAAAACA